UUCCGAAGGUGACCUUUGGGUGGCAGUAGUGCGCUUUUGCCUCAUAUACUGUGCUUGAAACAUCCCAGAAGUAGAAUAUGAAUGGGUUCCGUCCAUAAAGACUUUUUUUUUGUUUUUGUCCAGCCAAAGAUAAAUACGUCAUUAACCCAAAGAAAAUUUGGAAAUACUACAGCCAGAGGACAUCGUAAGUCACGUGAUGGCGGCAUCAAUGCCACAGAAGACGGGCAUGACAGGGAUGCCCACUCAGCAACAGCCCCCUCACAUGCCCCCCAGUGGCUCCCUGGCCGCAGGUCAACAGGCAAUGCCACCCCAGGGUGCCCUCCGAGAGAUCUCCCCUGUGUUCCUCUGUCGGAUUGGACAAGAAACCGUCCAGGACAUUGUCACUCGCACCAUGGAGAUCUUCCAAAUCACACGAGCAACGCAACUUCCCAAUGGUGUGACUCAGAGCCAGGCAAUGUAUCAGGACCGCUUCGGAAAACUCCAGGAACACUUGAGGCAGCUCGCCCUGCUCUUCCGUAAACUUCGCCUGCUGUACGAACGCUGCGUGGAGAUGACCGCUGACCUGCAGGAGGGGCCGGCAGAGCUCGUGCCCUAUGUUGGAGAAGAGCUGGUCAACGUCAGAGUGGAGCCUUGUAGUCCUUCAGUCCACCAGGAGCGAAAAGAAGUCCUUGAGAGAGUACGUCAAAAGAACCAUGAGAUGAAGGUUCUUAUGGAUCAGAUGAGGAACUUGCUGUGGGACGUCAAUGCCAUGUUGACACUGAGGAAGUGAUCAAUCCCGAUGGACGGACCGGGAGAGUAUUUGCAGGAGAGCACGUCACAAGAACCACGAGAUGAAGCUUCUUAUGGAUCAGAUGAGGAACUAGCUGUGGGACGUCAAUGCCAUGUUGACACUGAGGAAGCGAUCAAUCCCGAUGGACAGACUGGGAGAGUAUUUGCAGGGUGAUCAGUUUUGCAAAGUCAUUGAUCUUUACCUCUCAAAGCCACAAGAUGGCAGCAAAGGUUUUUUUUUUAGGGUGAGGGUGGGGGGGGAUGACGAGUGACUCUCGAUUCACUUCAAUGGAGUUCCUUGAGGCAGCCUGUUUGUCGACUGGUUACCGUGCUGGCUGCAGAGGUGCAGGGUUCAAUUCCGGUACAUUACAUCUCAGGUGUGUAUGUGCAUGCGUUACAUGUGUCUUCCUCAAAGUGUGCCCUUGUUGUUCAGGUUUGCUUGCCUGUGAAUGUAAUUUUGUCAACUGGGCCAUAUGUGUUUUGUACCAAGUCAAAAUGUUUUUUCUCAUUAAAACUACGGGGAAAAAAAGAA